AUGCCUUGCAAGUUGUCCAGGAAUCGAGUGUCCUUCCAGAUUCGUGAUGGUCGUCAGCUUCAAGUGAAAGCACUGGGCGGACAGCUGCAAUGCGCCCUUGAUGGCGUUUGGUUGCCAGCUUUUCGACAGAUGACCUUUCUGGAGGACGGUGUGGUGGACUUCCCUGAGCUCCGUCGUUGGAUCGCGCUGAAGGCUGCGGAGGCCAAUGGGCGCCGAGCAGAGCUCCAGGAGUUGGCCUGUUUCGCGGGCAUUGCCAUGAAAUUUCAGGAGGUGAGAAGUGGGGCCGAGAUUCGCGUGUCCAUCGCCGGUGAAGGGUUGCAAUACACCUGCAACGGUACGUGGCGUCCACCUUUCAAGAGCCUGGAGUUUCACCCUGGUGAUGUGGUGAUGUUCCCUGAGAUCCGCCAUUCCGCCAAGCUACCGCAUGACUUGGCAGUGGAGUUGAAGGGAACCCUGCAAGCUUUGGCAGAGAUGGCGGGCUAUGGAACCAACUUUGCGGAGGUUGGAUGCUGUUCCUCAUUCCUCCCGGUUGAAAGGAAAAGCUUUGGGACAUCUCUGAUAUUUGGAUAA